AUGGCUGCUUAUACAAUUGAUAAUGGCGACACGGCUUGGGUUAUGGUGUGUGCUGCCUUGGUAUUUUUGAUGUCUCCAGCGCUCGGAUUUUUCUAUGCUGGAUUAGCACGCGCGAAAAAUGCGCUUUCACUCAUGUAUCUCACUGUAUUAUCCGUGGCCGUGGUAUCCAUCCAGUGGUACCUUAUUGGCUACUCCCUAACUUUCUCUGAAACUGGCGGCGCGUUUAUUGGUGAUGCACGUGCGUUAUUCAUUAGACAAAACGACUUGACAGAGCACUUUUUGCUUCGAGGCGUAGGUCAGGCGCCGCAACUUCCCAGUCAAACCGUUCCGGCUUCCGUUUUUAUGAUCUUCCAAGCAAUGUUUGCCUGUAUCACACCUGCACUUGCUUUUGGCUCAGCCGCGGAACGCAUGUCGCUAGGCCCAGCCAUUAUCUUUGUAUUUGUGUGGACCACAUUGGUAUAUGACGUUAUCACAUGCUGGGUUUGGGGGCCUCAAGGCUGGCUCGCCAAAUUGGGCGUCAUGGACUAUGCAGGUGGUACGCCGGUGCAUAUUGCCAGUGGACUUGCUGCAGUGGCCUAUGCCAUGGUGCUCGGAAAACGCCGGGAUUACAAUGAGAAUGUAAACACUCCUCACAAUGUUUCGUUUGUUUUCCUGGGUUUAGCCCUCUUAUGGUUUGGCUGGUUUGCUUUUAACGCUGGUAGCGCCUUGGCCGCCAAUGCCCGUAGUGUGAAUUCGCUUGUUUGCACGCAUCUGUCUGCAUGCGUUGCCGCCAUGGUUUGGAUUCUCUUGGACUACCGCCGUAGUCGCAAAUGGAGUAUUAUUGGUCUUUGCACUGGCGCUGUGGCGGGUCUAGCCACUGUCACACCGGGCUCCGGUUUUGUCAGUCCCAGUAGCUCCUUGGCUUUCGGUGCUAUUGGGUCCAUCGUCUGCAACAUUGCUCUCAAUUAUAAGCACAAAUACCGAUUUGACGAUGCCUUGGAUGUGUUUGCCGUUCACUACAUUGGUGGUCUUGUGGGCCUUUUGUUAACUGGAAUCUUUGCUCAACAAUCCGUGAUUGCUUUGGGUUACCCUGAAGGCACAUCGCUGGACAUGAUUCCUCAGGGUGGUUGGCUCGACGGUAACUGGAUGCAGCUCCCUAUUCAAUUAGCUGCCAUUGCUUCCGUUUCCGGCUGGUCAUUUGUUGUCACGUAUGCGAUCCUUAUCCUUCUCAACAAAAUCCCCGCUUUCAAGCUACGCCUGGACGACGAAGCUGAACUCCUCGGUACCGAUCUCUCAGAAAUGGGUGAACGCGCUUAUUCGUACCUUCCUUUGGAAGACGACCAAAAGCAUACCCGAACGGCGUCAGCCAGUUCAAGCGACAUUGAUGCCGUCAACGAAACCAUGAAGGUGACCCACACGCAUCCGCCGACGGAGCUAUUUGGCGGUGCUCUUCAACAACUCAUGACAUCUCCUCGCGACAUCGUCAAAGGUGUGCCAGAAUUGAUCGAACCACCUGUCCAACAAAGCCAUAACCCAUCCCACCGUUCCUCAAAUCCCAGGCAUACCGUCGACAUGAUACAGUCGACAGGUGGCGCGGUUUUUCAGAAAAGCAGCGCUCAAGUGCGAGAAGAGAAACAAGAACAAGAAUUCGUGGGAAUGGAAGAUCAGCCAAUGUCAGUGACAACCCACAUGUAUCAUAAUAACAGACCCAACACCCACCACAGUACUAGUACUUCUUCCACCACCGUCACCAAAGAAAACGAGAAAUAA